AUGGUCAGUGGUGGCCACCAGUAUGGAGCUUUUGUAUCGAGAGGUUUCCAUAGUCUUGUACGCAAUGUUGAUUAUGCACGAUCUGUAGCCAAAGAACAGCAUAUCAUACAAAAAGAACUAACAUUGAUCCAGCAGCGUCUUGCUCAGCCAGACAUCUCAGUGCAACAAAUCCGGGAUUAUCUGACUCGGCUCAUCUUCUGCCACAUGAUAGGUUAUGAUGUAUCAUGUGGUUACAUACAUGCAGUGAAAUUGGCUCAGCAGGGAACUGGCUGGAUGAAAUGGAUAGGUUACCUCUCAUCUGGUAUUUUGUUACAUGAAGACCAUGAACUGGUUGUUCUACUGAUUAAUACCAUACUCAAGGAUCUGAGAAGCACUAAUAUUCUUGACAACUGUAUUGCUUUGUCUGCAGUCAGUCGCCUGGCCAACACAGAAAUGAUUCCAUUAGUGCUUCCCGUAGUUGAAGAGAAACUCAUUCAUUCCAGGCCCUCUGUAAGAAAAAAAGCUGUAGCAGCAUUAUUUAAUAUUUGGCGUAAGAACCCAGAUUUAGUGCCCCAAGUUCCCAAGAAAUUUAGUGAAGCCCUCUGUGACAAAGAUCCAAGUGUUGUCAGUGUUUCUCUUAAUUUGUAUCAUAUGCUUAUCAAGGAAAAUCCAUCUCAGUACAAGAAUCUCGGAACUCCAUUCCUGAACAUCUUACAACAGAUCUUGAAACGGAAGCUUCCACCAGACUAUGAUUACCAUUCUAUCCCUAACCCGUGGAUGCAAAUUUCCUUACUGCGGUUGCUCACACUUCUUGGCGCUGAUGACAAAAAUUUUAGCUUAACAGUGUAUCCUGUGUUGAAAGAAGUUCUACAACGUGCCAACAUGAAAGAAAAUAUUGCCUUUGCUAUCAUCUAUGAAUGCAUACUAACCAUAAGUCGUAUUGUGCCAGACCCAGAUCUUUUAGAGGAAGCAUCGAGGGCCGUGGGAAAAUUUCUGCGUUCAAGCAAUCAAAAUUUGAAGUACUUGGGUAUGAAAGCCCUUACUUCAUUAGUAGUAGUGGCACCUCAUUAUGCUGUCGACUACCAGAUGAUCGUGAUGGAAUGCCUUGAGAACCCAGAUGCAGCAAUUCAGAGAAAGACGUUGGAGCUGAUGUACCAGAUGGCGAACCCAGUAAAUAUUGAUGUGAUUUCCCGCAAUCUACUGAACGGUGAAAAGUGGUAUGUUGAGACGAUUAACCAGUUGUUGGAAGUCACCAAUGGAAAUGUUCCUGAUGAAAUUGUUUAUCGACUCCUUAAUGUGAUUGACAAUGCUUCCAAAGAUGAUAAAGAAUUUGCCCAGUUUGUGUGCACCAGUUAUACCGCCUAUCUCAAGAAAGAGGUGCUUCCAAAUACUUUAAUUCAAGUGGCAGUUUGGGUUCUUGGUGAAAAUCCUGCCGAAGUGAUUCAGGCUAUUCCCCCCAAUGACCUCCUUGAACUAUUCUUUAAGCAUGCCUUUGCCAAGGGCACGUCUGACAAUACCCACAGUUGGAUAUGGAUGGCCAUUACCAAGCUGCUCCAUUCAUUGGCUGUCAGUCCAGAGUUAGUCCAUUGCUUUCUUACUUCUUUGCCCCUAAUGUCUAUGUCAUCAGAGACACAACAGAGAUUUCAAGAACUGAUGAAUCUUGUGAAGCUUUGUCAGUCUCGAUUCAAAGAUAGCACUUCAGAAUUUGACAUGUGUGAGACGUAUCAGCAGAUGCAAAGAGACAGUGAGCUGGACUUUACUCUGUCAUUCGUGGACGAUUUUGUCAGUGAAUCAUUGGAAAAUGGGGCUCAACCUUACAAGUGUCGUCAGCAAAGAAUACAGGUUCCAUUAGACAACUGCCAGUUUUUUGGAGGUCUUGAAUAUGGUUCCUAUCACACACCGAGUGCUUCACUCUGGGACUCUGAAAUGAUACAGAGUCAAGAUAAAGAGGUCAACAUUGGCACAAAUGAAUCUACAGAAACCCCAUCUACUCUCCAGCGUUUGGCUCUGAAAGGAGUGAAGCAGGUUUGGUCCAAGGAUGGUCUAAUUGAGGAAACAUCUGAAAAAAACAACUUACCAGAGAAAGAUGCCAAUAGCUGCAGUAAUAAAACUUCUAUGAUUAAGAGUGGUAGUUCCAGUUCCAAAGAUUCCAAGUUGGAUUCCUCUGUUGAUUCAGUCGAGAAACAGGAACGAGAUGAAUUGGCAUCUGCACUUUUUGCAGGACUUCCAGCCAAGGUUAACCCAGCCACAAGCACUGAUGACCUGAAUGAAGCAAGUCAAGACGAGAUGUCAACGACAUUUGUUUGUAAUCCUAAAUUUGGCCAUGUCCAGUUCUCAUCUCCAAUUGACCAACUGUCCAGAUUAAGAACAGAGAAAACAGAGAACUCGUUUGAUUGGCACACUCUCCGCUCCAGCCAGGCUGCCAGCUCUUUUGGCCAGUUGGAUACAAACACAGAUGAAAUGACAUCCAAUGAGGCAUCAGCAACUGUUGAAACCUCCACAUCACCCUCCUCCUCCUCCCACCUGUUGUCCCCAGUUUCUGCUGAUUCCAAAAUCAGUUCACUUUACAGUGAUUUCUAUGUGAGUGCCAACAAGGCCACGCUCAGCCUUGGAGCUGUUGAGGAACCACUGGAUUCCAUGGAUGAAGAAUUUUACGAAGCCAUUCCAGCUAAAGCCACUGACCCACCAUCCAGACUGGAAACUGAUUAUGUCUACCUUGACACUCCUUUACCUGCUCAACCCGCCCAACCCUCAGUCAUUGUUGAAGAAGAAAACCCUGAGGAUAUUCCCCUUUCUGUAUUUGCUCCUCUUGCCAUUUUAGACAAUUUAAUUCUUCAAUUUUGUAAAAUGCACACAACUUCUGGACUUUGUGUUAUUUUAUUUUUGGACAACAGAACUGCUGAUGCUCUGCCCACUGACUACACAAUAUCAUUGGAAUGUUCAGAAUGUUUGAUGCCUUCUGUUGAAACGGAGGCUGCAUCAAUUAAAUGGUCAAAGACUGAUGUCGCAGGAUUUCAGGGGCACAUUCCAAAAACAGGUGCUACCUUCCCUAUUUACUCUAAAGUGUAUCUGCAACCAACUGAGAUCCAAACAGAUAUUCUUUCCAUUCAGGGACUUAUUCAACUGACAGAGCAAAAUUUUGAAUCUCAAAGCUCAAUACAGUUUAGCAUACCUUUAAUAUGGAUUGAUUUUGCCAGGCCUCACAUCUUGACACUGGAAGAAUUUACAGAAUCAUGGCUCAAGUUCUCCCAUUCAGAAAAGGUAACGAUACAGCAAGCAGAAUCACAAUCUCUUGGCACCUUCAUCAGUAGAUUGUGUCAGAUCAUACCUGCCCAUUGCAUAUACUACAAGGAUGGAGAAGCCCUGUUGAGUGGUCAGUUCAUUGGGUCUGUCAUUUACCUGCUCCACAUGAAGCUGGUGGCAAAAACAGUGACCGUUCUUUUGAAAGCAGACAAAGACGUGCUGAAUAUCUUAACACGAUAUCUAACAUGA